AUGGAAGAAGCAGUAGCAAACGAUCCCAUGGAGCUUCAAGCAGAAGAAGAAGAAGAAGGCGACGACGAGGAAAUGAAUAGUGAUGAUGAGAGCGACGAUUACAGCAGUGGCUACACCUCGGAAGAAGACAUGGGUUAUGGCAAUCUACUGCAAAAUGCCUUGAUGAUCCCCGCGGGUGGUCCUGCCAUGGCUCCGUAUCCUGUGGACACUCGAACGCCAUUGGAGCGAUGGCGACAUUACGUGGCCAAAAUUCGGACACGGCAAACCAAAGUCUUGAAAUUCGUGGAUGUCCAGCUGCACGGGGAAUUGGCAGCUCUCUCCAAUUUUUCGCCUGUGGUAUCAUUGACAAAUGACAACAAUGACAGCAAUAAUAAUAAUAAUAAUAAUGUUCCAAUAAUGGGUGGUGGUGGUGAAGAACAAACCAAUGGGACAGGCUGGUAUUCCGAGUUGCUGGACGCGGUGACCACGGCGGCUGUCAAUCCUGGAGAUUCGAGCACCACAGGCCAGUUGACCCAUGCCAUUAUUGGAACGCACAUGUUGAGACUGUUGGGACACGAGGGACAGACACGUCUUUUGCUCGCCAUUGCCAGUCACAAGACACUCGCCUUCUUGCAACUCAAAGGUAUCACAGAUCCACCGACGACAGCCCAAAACAACAAUAACUCCACAACAACAGUGCUCAGCAUGCCAGCUGUCAUUGGAGCUCUGGACGCCUACGGCACGCCUGCAUUGAACGAACUGGAACUCAUGGGAGCGGCAUUUCCUUCGCUGGCAAGCAUUCGACAGUGGUCGGCCAUUUUGAAACAGAAGCGAGGAUCCCUGCGGCAAGUCAACUUGGUCGGAAUCGAGCCGCCGCCUACCGGUGUGGAAGUAGGUAUGGCAAGUCUUGCUGCUGGUUGGUUGGAUCCCAUUUUGCUGGCAUUGGCAGCACCCAACGCAGAAACGGCCACGCCCUUGGAUGAACUGAAAUUGGUGGGUGCGGGAACACAACAGCCAACACGGAAUACUACCGCAAAAUCUCUGCCAUCCAUUACCCCUCAAGCCUUGUCAACACUACUGCAACACAAGAAAAAAUGGUGGAGAUUGAGUCUGGAUGGAAUGGGAUUGCAGGAUGAACACUUGCACGUGCUGACCACCAUGUUUCGUCGCGAUGAUGCCUGCAAGGCUGGAGACCUAUUGUCGUUGGAACGCAAUCAAGGAAUAUCGUCUCGUGCCUAUGAAGAAUUCUUUGAAGGUUGCUUCUUUUGGAAACGACGCAUGGGAUUGAUCAAGGUCGAUGACAAGGACUGGGAAGGACAGUUUGACUUGGUACGAUCCAUGAACAAUCUACACAAUCGGCUGGACUUUGUCGUCUCUACCCGUCACAACACUGUAACGGCUGCCAACAACAAUGGACACUACAAGUCCAAAUGUAGCUUUGCGUCCCGAACCCUGUGGGUCGAGUGGCUGGCCAAGCUUGGUACGGGUCUAGCUUGGGAAGAUGACAAGCAUCGAAUCAACUACCUAUGGUUCACCCUGUUGGAAAAACCAGAAUUCAUCUAUAGUCACGAAUAG